AUGGCAGCUUAUUUGAACCGGCUUCAUCACAUUUCGCUCCACGUUUCUAACGUGGACAAAAUCGCAUACGAUCUUGUUUCUAAAUUUAAGUUCUGUUUGUUUGCUGCGAGACUAACGAAUAACACAAGACAGUUAGCUCUCCGUAAGGGAUCUGCGGUUUUUCUUGUCAAUGAGAGAUCAAAUGAGUACGGGCAAGGAUUGAAUGGAGGGGUCCCGUGCUGUCCAACCGUUUCAAAUUUACGUAAGAGUAAAGUCAGCAUAGGAGAUAAACACGUGCAUCAACAUUAUUCUAGAUAUCUAUACGAUGUCCGUCCGUCCUACUCUGUGGACACUGCUUGCAAUGUCUGUUUCGAGGUGGAGGAUGUGGAGAGGUCAUUCGCCUUAUUGCGUGAGCAGGGCUGCGACUUCCUGGUGCCACCGACAGAGGUCCGCGAUGAUUGGGGGCAAGUUACUUACUCCGUUGUCAAAUCAGUUGUGGGAAAUGUCAGCCACACGCUAAUAGAUAGGACCAAAUAUCACGGUAGCUUCCUGCCCGGAUUUAACGAAGUUGAAAACGUGACCAGUGAAGCCAGUUCUCCCAAUGACAGUUCAACAUGUUGCCCAGUAACUCAUUUCGAUCACAUUACGUAUGCUUGUCCCAGAAGAUGUACCCCAGAAAUAAUGCGCUGGUAUGAGAAACACUUCGGCUUUGAGAGAUUCUUCAUUCAAAGGGACGAGGAUGUUGAUGAGGGUUAUGUUGUGGACCAGGAUGGUGUUGGACUACGGUUAACUGCCAUGCAGUACUGGAAAUGCAGUAAAACUGGCCUCAAGCUUCCCUUUAAAGAUAAAAAGGACGUUGACUGCAAAUUUGUCAUUGCAGAGUCACUACCUGAACAAGGCAGCAACCAGGUUGACACUUUUCUGGAACAACAUCGUGGUCCAGGGAUUCAGCAUAUUGGGCUCUAUACAAAGGACAUUGUGUCCACCGCUCAGACUAUGGCCCAGGCAGGGGUUCAGUUUUUUUCCCCUCCCCCUGCUUAUUAUACCGAGGUAGGGAAACGACAGGAGAUUCUGGACGCAGGUCAUGACCCACAGAUGCUGUCCCAGCAUGGAAUCCUCCUAGACACUGACCAACGCAAAGACUUGGAGGAUCUGAGCAUGCUCAGUGAGAGGUACCUCCUCCAAGUGUUCACUAAACCUAUUUUUGCUGAAGACACCUUUUUCCUGGAGCUGAUCGAGCGACGAGGGGCUAGCGGCUUUGGGGAGGGGAAUAUACGAGCUCUGUGGAGGUCUGUUCAAAUGUAUAUGGAGAACGAGAGAGGGGAACACCAGAAACAGGAUUCUGACAGCGUAACCAGGCAUACUGGCUAG